UGGUACUGUUGUCUACCAUUAUUUUAACAUGUUUGCCUGUUAAUUUUGGAGCAAAUGAUUUUAGUGCAAACAAUGCUGCUUUAAUUUCAAGUAUAUUUAUAUGGUGUUCAGUCUUCUGUUUGCACCAGUUCCCUCCAGUAGAUUGGUCACCCAGGGCUGCACCCCCAACCUGUCAUAGAGGCAUCGGAAUAAAGUACAAUAUCAAUUGGGGUUGGAAGAAUCUGUUUAAAGGAGCCCCUUAAAUUUUUCAACCACCAAUUUAAUUCCGCAUUAGCAUCCUUAGAAAUAGUCAUCGAAGCCUCAAAAUUGCCCUUGUGUCUAGAUAAUGCUAUGGUUUUUUCCUUAUCAAGUUUACGAUAGUGGCUAUUUUGCGCAUGCGUAUGCUCUCUCAUACAACUCUGACACGACCAUAGCUGAUGACGUAGUAGAAUUGAUGGUUGUUCAGAAUAGUUGCAGUAUAAGGUUGGCCAACAGAGAGAUGAAAAGUGACUGCUUGACACAACAAAUUUUCAAGUUAUUGUGCUCCCUCUCUAUUUUCAAUGUAGAUAUGUCCGGGAGAACUAUGCUGACAGUGAUAAAAUAACAGAAAAGGUGACAAUUAAUCUCUUUUAGUUAUUUCUUUUAAUGACAUACACCAGCUUUUCUCAUGGUGGUGCAUCCCAAGAAGUCACUCCAAUUUGUUUGACUCUUGCUGUCAUGAGAAUACACUGGCGUAUGCAUCCAUAUUGUUUCCAUCUUACAUCUUACUUGAUGGUUGUUAAUUUUAUGUUUCCCAGCUGCCUGCAAAUGGUGCAGCACAAGGAUUAGGCAAGGGAAUAGUCACAGCUUGGAGUUUGUACGGAAAUGAAAGGUGAAACACAAGUCAUAAUAGAUGUUUUGAAAUUCACAUUGGACAAUUUUUAUAAUAUGUUUAAUGUAAUCUCAAUCUCUCGUUUUGUGUUUCAGUGCCGUUGUUUUAAUGGUUGUUCAAAGUGGUGAAAAAAACCGUGUUGACCAGCGAGUGUUAGAGUAUAGUAUACGACAGAGGUAAGAAAGUUUAGUCCUGCAGUUUUUCGUUUUCAUUGUGAAAGGUAGUUUUGACUGUAGCGGUAGUAUUUUGUUUGCAAGUGUUGCAUUGAGGCUUUAGUGAGAAUGAAUGAUGCUUGUUAGCAAACCGCGAGAUUUCAGAGCACAACCAUUAUUUUAACAGCAAUCCUGCUGUUAAAGUGAUCAGAAGAACUUUACAAGAAAUCGAGGAGAAUGGUGAAUUAAAAGACGACAAAAAACUUGUCAUGUAAGUCAACUAUUCAGCGUUUUAUAGGGCGAAGGCACCGCAGAAUUGAUUCACGACAAUAUGUUUUAUUCUAGUGACGGUAAAGAGAUUGCAGUAGCAUAUUUCCGAGCAGGUUAUACACCAAAAGAUUACUAUUCAGAAAAGGUAAAUCAACUCUUACUAAACUAUGAACGUGAAGACAUUAAGAAGUGAUCUUUUCAUAUAGAAUUGGGAGAUGUAGUUUGAGAGAUGUACUUGCUUCUAUAAAUCAGGGCAGGAAAAAAAUUUUCUUCCUGGGAGAACAACCUAUAGAGACAAAAAUUCCCUGCAGACCAACGGAGUAUGUUUAUGCUAAAUCUGCAUGUGCAUAAACAUACAGUGUUCUAGUUGCAUGACCAUGGUUUUAAAUUCAAGGAAUAAUGUCUGUCAACCUGUCAUGAACCAUAUGUUGUUGCGCCCAUAGUGGGACAUGGGUGUUAAGGUUUCUUUCAAAUUUUCAACAACAAAUCUUCAUUCAAACGAAUUUCCUGCAGCUGUUUAACCUUUCCUGCGCGCAUUGCUCGCGCGUGCUCGCCUAUUUUUUCCACCCCUGCUGUAAAUGUCAGCAUUUCUCGAGUUGACCACCAGUCCACCACACCUGGUGAGCUAACUUGAGAUGAUCACCAUCUAAUGCCUGGUUGCGUUAACUGAAAUCCACCAUAUCUGUUCUGUACAGGAUUGGUCAGCGCGGUUAAAACUGGAACGAUCGCGUGCAAUAAAAUGUCCAACAAUCGCGUAUCAACUGGUGGGAACGAAGAAGAUCCAACAAGUACUCGCAGAGCCAGGAGUGGUUGAAAGGUGGAGACUUUUUUUACCCAUUCAUGUAGCAACAUUGGUAGUUCUGUAACAACUUAACAACUCGAGUGAUACCAACAACCCAUUUCUUGAUGUGGUCAGAGUCAUGCGACUUGAAUCGUAAUUUUUGUGACUUGACUUUGUUCAUCAGAUUGACGACUUCUUGACUGGACUUGGACGAAAUGACUUGUGACUUGGUCACAGACAAAAUGACUUGUGACUUGCAAGAAAUGACUUGACUUGCACUCUUAACUCUGGACGUGAUAGUCUGAGUCCAAAUAGGGUGCUCUACUUUGACAAUUUUAAACUUCUAGGUUUCUGGAUGAUCCAGAGAUGGUAGCGAGAAUACGAAAGACUUUUGCUGGACUUUUCUCACUGGACAACGUACGUUAAACCAUCAUAGUUUACACCGAUGACUUUACCAAUAUUGUACACGAGUUUACUUACAAUCUUAAAAGUUGUUAGUUAAGUAAAAAUAAUGCAUACAAACUUGUCUUAUCUUAUCUUUACGCAGGGGGAAGAAGGGAAUAAGAAUGCAAAGAUGGCGAUUGAAAAUCCUGAUCGUUUUGUUGUCAAACCACAACGGGAAGGUGGAGGUACUAGAUAAAAAAUUAUCAACUACAGAUUACAUGCACAGAACACUUAAAACUUGACGAACCAUAGCUGUGGGAAUAGAUACGAGUUGCUUUCAUAUAUCUAACCAUAUAAAGCGCUUUUAUGCCCAUUGCUACCGCCAUUCACAUAUAUCAUUUAAAUGCUUGGUCACCUCGGUUUCAUUUCUAUGCUUACAUUAUCAAAACAGUUGUAACUAUGCAAGUAAUCAAAAAUGUCAUUUGCCACGAGCCCAUAUCAUAGAAUUAAUUUUAUUUUUAUAAUUUAAUAUAAUUAUUAUAUUAAAUCCAUUUUUAGGUAACAAUAUCUAUGGCGAAGAAAUACGUGACGUGUUAUCAAAGGAGGAUAAUUCACGUACUCAGUAUGUUUUGAUGGAGAAAAUACGACCACCCGUUCUCAAGAAUUAUAUUGUGCAAGUUCAUAAAGAUGAGAUCUUAGAGGAAGAUGUCGUCUGUGAAUAUGGAGUGUUCGGUGUUGUUAUUAGGUGAGAGCUUGUCAACGCAAACCAAAAAGUUUUGUACAACACGGCCGCUCAUGUUGUAAAUAGUAGAGACCUUACGACUUUAGGACGGCAACGCGACGGCGACGGCUACCAAUGGAAUAAUUACAAUAUAUGAAUAAUUUAGACAUUGUCCUUCGCUCUGUUUACAACGCCAAGUCACAGAUUUUCACGUCUUGAUACAACGGCUGCAUUUCAAGCUGCAACAAGUGCAACUUCAAACUGGGUUCAGCAGAACUCUUCCCAACCAUAAAACCCAUGUCUUCAACUUCUAAGACUGUAUUAAAUUCAUACGAUUGAUAAUAUACGACGAAUUAUCUUUACUACCAUUUAUUUGAAGUUUGUUUUGCCCGUCGUCGUCGCGUUGCCGUCCUAAAAUCGUAAGGUCUCUUGUAAUUAUCGGAUACAACACGGACACGAAUGUUGUAAACGGCUUGUGAAACAACGUGUUGAGAACAUUCGUAUAUUCUUCAACAAUUUAAAAUAAAUGAGUAAUAUUUGGUGAGAAAAUUGAACUUAAAGUUUAUGUAAAUCAGCAUGAUUUCUGUAUCAGAGUACAAACACCUUCACGCUCAUGAUUUCUUUUGUGUUUUCUUCAUGAAUUAUUAAUGAUUCUUGGAACUAGCAAAAUAUCGGCCUAGUCAUGCAAUAUAGCUGACAAACGAUGAGACAGCAAUUUGAAUCUGACGUCGUUGUAUAAAAUAUCUUAACCAAAAGCUGACACAUAUACGAUGAAACAGCAAUUUGGAUCUGACAUUUUUAAUAAAAUAAAAAGUGAUGACAAACAAUAAUGAAACAGCAAUUUAGAGUUAGCAAAAUAUCUUAGUCAUGCAAUAGCUGACAAACGAUGAAAAUUUUUUAUCUCACGUUUUUAACAAAAUAUCUUAACUGAGAGAUUACAAACGAUGAAACAGUAAUUUAGUAUAAGCAAAAUAUCCUAGUCAUACAAUAGCUGACAAACGAUGAGACAGCAAUUUGAAUCUGACGUCGUUGUAUAAAAUGUCUUAACCGACACUGACAAAUACGAUGAAACAGUAAUUUGGAUCUGACAUUUUUUACAAAAUAUCUUAACUGAGAGUGACAAACAAUAAUGAAACAGCAAUUUAGAACUAGCAAAAUAUCUUAGUCAUGCAAUAUAGCUGACAAAUGAUGAAACAGCAAUUUUUUAUCUGACAUUUUUAACAAAAUAUCUUAACUGAGAGAUUACAAACAAUAAAACAGCGGUUCAGGUCGCCACUGACGUUAGAAGAUCCCUAAGACUCUCUUAAACUCGUGGAGGUAAAAUGGCCCUGGAUACGAGGUUGUUAGGUUGUUAAACUCCCAACAAGAAACGUAAUUUAUGUCAAUUUAUGUUUCAUUGUAGUGACGGUGACGAGAUAGUUGAGAACAAAGUAGUGGGUCACCUGUUGCGAACUAAGAGUAUUAUUCAUGAUGAUGGAGGCGUGGCUGCUUUGCGUGCUGUCCUUGACAGUCCUUGUCUUGUGUGACUGGAUUUCACUGCUUGUAACUAAUGAAUUAUUAUGAAUCUAGAGCUGCUCGAUAGCCUUGUCUUGUACGACUGAAUAUGGUGUUUAAUACAGAUCAGUGGUUGGAACUGAAUGAUCGGAGGAUCCUGGACUAAGACGAUUGCUACGAAUAUUGAAUUAAAACAUUGAAUUAGGAUGAUGAAUAACAAGGUGUAUAUAGACUUAGGUUAAUAAAUUGUCAAACUUUAUUAAUAAUUUUAUAAUCAAAUAAUUAAAUCACUCGUGUAAUGCAGUUAGAUCAUUGAUUGGCUCAUGAUGCGCGUCCUAUUGUAAUAAUUAAAUCGAUUUUAGCAUUAGCUGUUAUGUUUCCACUUAUAUGCGUUCAAGUUUCACUAUUUUCCCACGGUUUGAAACUCCUCUCCGUCGCAAAUCAAAAACAAAGGCUGACCAUCUUCCAAAGCGAGGCAAAGUAAACAACUGAGUAUGGUCAUCAUAUGUAACCUCUCAUCCAGCGGUAACCGCUUCGUGACAAUUCUCGCGAGUUGCGCGUGUGUCACGAGUGGGUCGGGUUCGUCAUAAAACCACGCGGGAGCACCAACCCCAUAACGUUGCAUCAUCCUGUUCCCAAAGGUCACGUGAUAGUUGAUAUCCCAACCCAAAGGCUGUAACUUCUGUAUACGACAGUCCAAUGCCUGCAAAAGUUUCGCCCGCACAUCCUUGUCAGGCUCUGACGUAAUCACCUCCCUAAUAUCUUCAAGCGGGCCAUAGUAGAUACGAUUAGAGUCUGGGAAUACAUGAAGUA